AAGUAAACAAAGAGCACAUCGCGGUUCUGUACCUGACAUGCGUGAGAUUAUGUGUUUAUUGCCAUUGUUAAAUGUCCUGUAGUUUUGUUAGACAUAGUAUAGAUUAUUACAUUGUCAUUAUCUAAUUUGUGGAUUCUAACUUGUUUGCUCGACAAAUACAUAAUUUGGUAAUUCUUUAGCUUGCUGAAUAUGUAGCUUUAGCAUGGCUAGCAGAGCAGCAGUACUUUCUUAAUCUGUUUGACCGUCUUAGAUCUUUCUGAACGAACAUAGACAUUAACAUUUGGAGGACAACAGUACAGUUUCGAAUCUCGAACCCAUAUGAACUAGGAAAAUCAUUUGAAAAAGACGGUAAAUAUUCGUUUAAGUAUCAGAAAUGAACGGGCAAGCUGAAGUAGAGGUGGAUUACAAGAGAAAAUACAAAAAUCUCAAACGCAAAUUAAAGUUUCUGGUAUAUGAGCAAGAGUGUUUUCAGGAGGAGCUGAGAAGAGCUCAGAGGAAACUAUUAAAAGUUUCUAGAGACAAAAGUUUUCUGUUGGACAGACUUUUGCAGUAUGAAAGGGUGGAUGAAGAGUCUUCCGACUCUGAUGCAACAGUUUCCUCAGACAGUGAUGGAGAAGGAGCCAGAGAGAGAGAUAGGGAAGCAGGGAAGAAAAGGAGGAGUCCUGGGGUUCCUCCCGUCCUGUCGUCCUCAUCUCCUCAUCUCUCACUCCUGUCCCGCUCUGGUGCGGUUCCUCUCCAGUCAUCUGCUCCGGCACAGUAUCUCAACACUUUACCCUUCCCUCCUGAGUAUUUGGCUCCCUCUGCUGAGCGAGUGAAGAAAGAGAGAAAAACAAAACUGGCCAAACACAGGAAAGACGGUUCAGGGAAGGUGGUUGGCCCACUCACGUCCAGUUACCCUGCAGCCAGUGGUGCAUCUGGGGGUGCGAGUGGGCCGUUCAGCUGGGUACCACAGCAGAUGCUGAGUGAGGAUGCAGCCGAGGAGGAGGGAGAGAGUGAAGGAGAGAGUGACCGAGGAGAGGAGGAGAGAGGAGAGGGUGAUGAGGCAGAGCUGGUUAUUGACAUACCCAAUGAGUGAAGGUGCCGAAGGAAACUGCAAGCAAAACAUUUUUCAAAAUCAUUCUUGUUUAAUGCAUUUUAAUGUCCUCUGUUUUUUUUUAUUAUUAAAUAUUUAAAAUGUUCUCUUGUGUUUGAGUCAAUACACCAGCACCUGUUUUCAUGCACCACCUCUGAUUUGUGGAAUUCCAAGUUUAUGACUGGACAUUUUUCAUGUAGAUGAUGCCAAAAUGUUCUUUUGGCCAUAAAAAUGACUUUAGCUGCAAAAAUGGCAUGCUUUAGUGUUGAUGCUGGGGAAUGCUGACACACAGGUAGUCAUUAAGGCGUGUGAGAGGUGUGUGUACUGGUUUGUGUGCAUUAUAGCAAUACUAAGACGAGGUGUAGUCAGAAAGUGUGAUUUAGAAAGGGAGGGAUGGAUGAAAGAGUGAGAGAGUGAAAGGGGGAGGGAUGAAGAAGGUGAGAUUGUGCCCAGGCUCAUUCUGCAUAGCUGAAGAGAGAGAGAGAGAGAGAGAGAGAGAGAG